CUGAAUAGGUUCGUGUUUUCUCAUUUUAAUUUCGUUUAACAUAUAUUCGAAUGAUGAGAAACUGAACUAUGUUGUCCACAAACGUUCGUGCUUUAUUUUUAAUAAUGAUUGCAAUAAUAAGCUUAAAAUUGGUUACAUCGUUAUACUUUACUUACUUUCCUAACUUUGAGGAAAGAUUUUACAAAGAUUGGUCUACGGACAAUCGACGCGAUGACAAGGUUGACGAAAGCGUUAUUACGUCAUUUCAACAAGAUGUAAGAAGUAUGAGGAAACUGUUUUAAACUUUUAUGUUUUCAAAAUCUGGGAAACCUUGCUGCAUAUUUAUAAUAAAAUAUGCAAGACAACAGUACAUCUCAACUAGCUAUAUAUCAAAAUCAAUGCUAUCCCUCAUAGAGAUUAGCAUAGGCCUGAAAUUCACUUAAAAUUUAGGCAACACGAAUUGGGUUUAAAGAAAAUUUAUCUUUCUCAGGCUAAGGUCCGAGGAGCAUCGUUAGGGAAGAGGUUACGAUAAACUUCUUUUUUUCAAAAAAAUGAAGAACUUAUACCUUUCUAAGGGUUACAUCGUCACCUUAUUAAUUAACCGUAUAAUCAAUAUUAAAGGAUGCUAAGGAAAUAAUUUUUAAGUUUUUUUAUUGCUUGAUUUUAGUGUGUAGAAAUUGGCUUUUUAUGGAAAAAGUUUCUGAAGUAGAUUUUAAAGAAAAAAGUGUGCUGAAGCUGGAAUCGCAGCAUAGAAUAACAGCAUUGAAGUUCGUAAUUCCAAAUUAUCCCAAAUACCCUGUUUUUUCAAAAUUUCCAACUCAUGUUAACAUUCAGUAUCGGCUAGAUAUAUUUGAAGACUUCGAGGAUGUUGUAGAAAACGGUGAGCUGAAGACUUUUGUAGGCGAUGAAAACUUGGAAGAGGAAAACGGUGGCGUGGGCACUAUAGUAUUAGAACCUAGCAUCAUAGCAAAAGAGAUACGUGUUAUAUUUAAACAUUAUGUAUUUUUGACUGAAAAACCGUCUAUAAUUUUACUUGGGUGUAAAGACGAGGAGGGUAUAAAAAACUUUCAAUUCAACAGUAAAUCUAUGGAACUAAGUUUUGCAGAAGCGUUACCUUAUGAUUCACAACUCUUACAACCAGAUUUUGAAGAAGGUUGUCCUGUGUUUAACUUCGAAGAUGGCGCACUGGUAAACUGGACAAUAGAAGGAAAGGCCUUCAAACAUCAACCAACCUAUGAUGAUAACAAGUAUUACAGAGAAAGGCAGUCGGCCACCGGGUUCUUAGGAAGGUGGUGGGUGUCCAGCUACGAAUAUCAUCCAACGCCAACUUCCGAAAGAACUGUGACCAACUUAUCCUACACUGGUACGCUCCAAUCGCCGCUAUUUUUCAUCAAUACAACUAAAUUGAGCUUUCUAAUUGGUGGAGGAGAUGAUACAGGAAAAAUUGGAGUCCAAAUCAUUGUAUUUAGAAGGGUUGUGAAGAGCCUCUUUCUGAAGAAAGAAAUAAAAGUUAUGGAGCGUCAUGCGUUCGAUAUGAGCAGGUACAGGAGUAAACCUGCGACGCUAGUUCUUGUUGAUAAGAGCACGAAAGGAAGUCUGAUGUUUGACGAUCUAAGAACAGUGGAACGGUGUAAUGACGAAUGCAUGAAACCACUUGGCAUGGAAUCUGGCGAGAUUACUGAUUCAAUGAUCACUGCUUCCAACACGGUUCGGGAACCAAACAAUGCUCCGCAUCAUGCAAGACUCACAACCUCAUUUGACGAUUCUAAUGUUUUUAUAUCUCCUAUGAAGAAAUUUCCAUGGCUACAAAUAAGACUACCUGUGGAGGCAAUAAUUGACGGCUGGGCAACCCAAGGUGCUUUAUUGGCCGAAAACAAAUGGUGUUCCCUGUCAACUUAUUUUGUUAAAUAUGGUUCGCACGAAAGCAUUUGGAGAUAUAUAAGCAUCAGAAAUUACUAUGGCACACCAGCAAAAUGUAUUUUUGAACACAAGCUGGGUGAAAUAACUCGUCAGUGGCUGAACCCACGGUUGGUUGCUAAAUUGUUAAGGUUUAUUUUUUAUCAGACCAAUUCUCAAAUCAACCAAUUUUGCUUUCGUGUGGAACUAUAUGGAUGUCCAAGGUCUAAAAUGAUAGAUGGUAGUAUGAAAGUGGCGACGAAUUUUGAGAGUUUGCUCGAAAGAAGAGAGCGAAUGAAAGAUGAUUAUCUGUUAAAAGUUUUACAUCUUCCGAAGAAGUUUGUAGAGGUAGACAAACGAGUAAAGCUUUCAUGUGAUGUCCAUUCUAACGUCUUGUUAAAUAAUUUGCCCACCUCCUUCGAGUGGUAUGAAAUCAUUUUUAAUUCAAAGUUGACACUAGCUUUCAACACGCGCCACAUUUGGCUUCCACUAGAAAAAUCAUUUGUUAAAAGAAUCAUAGGAUGUCACCAAUUCCUUUCAUUGAAGCUAUUUUUUACUGCGGAGUUUAUAUUGACAGAAAAAACUUCAAACAUCAUCACACCUUUUGUGACAGCAGAACCUGGUCUGGAAUAUCGUGGUGGACGACUUAUUCAUGCGAAUCCUGCGCCGAUUUAUAACGAUGGCUCUAACUCGUUCUUUUUCUCCCUCCAUCUUGCAAAUGCAGUGUUCCAAGAUCUAUCCGAUGAAGGUAAUGGACGGAUCAUUGCUGACGUCAUCAAAAUUCAAAUGAAGGUUCAUUUCAAAUGUUAUCCUGUCUAA